UCCCCCAGACAACACCUGCUUCUCUCUCUCUCUCUCUCCAUCACUCCUCUCCUCCCCUUCACUGACAGCCAAUAUUCACACCCCAGUCCUCAACCAAACUCCCCAAACAACCAACUCUCUCUCCCCCUAUAUACACCUCCCCGCCCCACAUUCUUCUCAUCUUCAUCCACAAUGGCUGAUCCACGGGUUCAUCCCUCCACCGCCGCUCCCCCUCCUUCUUCUUCUUCCGCUGCAACAUCAUCCGAAAACUCAACACAGCACCCGCGCCCUCCAAACCCGCCGCCUUCGAACCCAGUCCCUCCUCCUGCAACUUACGUCGUCCAGCUACCUAGAGAGCAAAUCUUCCGCUACCCACCUCCGGAGAACACUAGAAAAUUUGAGGCACACACCCGCAGGAAAACCCGCCGGAGUUGCUGCUGGCGCUGCUGCUGCUUUACUUUCUGCCUUCUGUUACUACUUAUCGUAGCCGCUGCGGUGUCCGCCGGAGUGCUCUACCUCGUCUUCCGUUUUAAAUCUCCCAAGUAUGCAGUGACCAACAUCUCUAUAAAGGGGAUGAAUCUGACGUCCGACUCGCCCAUCUCGCCUGGAUUUGACGUCAGCAUCAGAGCAGAGAACCCUAACGGCAAGGUUGGCAUGUACUAUCUGAAGGACAGCGCCGUUGACGUCUUGUUCGACAACGCGAAGCUCAGCGAUGGCGUAUUGCCCGCUUUCUACCAGCCGAGGAAGAACGUGACGGUGCUGGAGACGUCGUUAACGGGGACCAACGUGGCAUUGGAGGCCGCCGUUAGGAGGACGUUAAGGAAUGCGCAGAAACAACGUAAAGUGUCGUUAGUGGUGAACGUGAAAGCACCGGUUAAGAUAAAGGUGGGGUCCGCUAAGACGUGGGAAAUAACCGUUAUGGUCAAAUGCGACGUCGUCGUGGAUGCUUUGAAUGAGAGGGCGAAGAUUGUUUCUAAUGACUGUGAUUAUAGUGUGAGAUUGUGGUAGGUAGGGUAAAUAAUGUACUAUAAAUUCCAUUUAUUAAUUUGGUAUAUUAAAUAUUAUUCAAUUUUUUCAUUA